GCUCUAAAGAAACGCUCGAAAAGCAAAAUAGAUCAGUGAAGUUAGUGUGUAGCUAAAUGAUGAAAAUGCUUUUAUAAAAUCGUGGGGUUCCUCGAUCCUGUCAAUAGCGUGCAAAAAGAUGGAGCAGCUCAUUCCAGUGAUCAAUAAACUCCAAGAUGUGUUCAACACUGUUGGUUCAGAGUCCAUUCAGCUUCCGCAAAUCGUGGUAGUUGGAGCCCAGAGCAGUGGUAAAAGUUCUGUCCUUGAGAACCUGGUAGGGAGGGAUUUCCUUCCAAGAGGCUCUGGAGUUGUGACAAGAAGACCUCUUAUUCUACAGCUGGUUCAUGUUCCCCCCAGAGCAAAAGAGAAGAAGAUCAAUGAACUGCCUGACAAGAAAGAAGCAGCAGAGUACACAGAAGGGCAGGAGAUGUCAGAGGAAACCGAGGCGGAGAACUUUUUCAGUGAUGAAGAGGACAGAGAUGAUGAUGCUGAGCCUGCAGAGUGGGGGAAAUUUUUGCAUCUCAAAGAAAAAAUAUUUAGAGAUUUUAAUGGAAUCAGAGAAGAAAUUGAACGUGAAACUGACAGAGUCACUGGGAGUAACAAGGGAAUCUCUAGUGAACCAAUCAAUCUGAAAAUCUACUCUCCAAAAGUUCUGAACCUAACAUUAGUUGAUCUUCCUGGUGUUACCAAGGUUCCAGUCGGGGAUCAGCCUCUUGAUAUAGAGCAGCAGAUCCGCCACCUCAUCUUGCAAUACAUUAGCAAUCCUAAUUCAAUCAUCUUGGCUGUCACGCCUGCAAAUAUUGACCUGGCAACGUCAGAAGCACUAAAAAUUGCAAGAGAGGUGGACCCUGAUGGACACAGGACCCUAGCAGUCUGUACCAAACUGGACCUCAUGGAUCACGGUACAGAUGCCAUGGAUGUCUUAUAUGGAAGAGUGAUUCCAGUGAAGCUUGGUAUUAUUGGUGUUGUGAAUAGGAGCCAGUUAGACAUCAACAAUAGGAAGUCUAUCGAGAAUGCUCUAAGGGAUGAAGCAGGUUUUUUUGCCAGAAAUUACCCAACAGUUGCAUCUAGAAAUGGUACUCCAUACUUGGCCAAGACACUAAAUAAGUUGCUCAUGCAUCACAUAAGGAACUGUUUACCAGAGCUGAAAUCUCGUGUUAACUCCAUGACAUCACAGUAUCAUCAUUUGCUACAAAGUUAUGGAGAACCGGUGAUGGAUAAGGGUCCCUACCUCCUUCAGAUGAUAACAAGAUUUGCUGCCACUUACUGCUCAAUCAUCGAGGGAACUGCUCAUGAGAUAGAAACCUCUGAGUUGUGUGGUGGAGCACGAAUAUGUUAUAUUUUCCAUGAUAUAUUUGGAAGGACUCUCACCAUCAUGGACGCCAUGGAAGGUUUAUCUACUCGGGAUAUUUUGACAGCUAUAAGAAAUGCUACUGGCCCAAGACCUGCACUUUUUGUGCCUGAAAUCUCCUUCGAACUUCUGGUGAAACGUCAGAUCCGUCGAUUAGAGGAGCCAAGCCUGCGGUGUAUAGAACUUGUCCAUGAAGAGAUGCAGAGAAUCAUCCAACACUCAUUUGAUCAGGUUAUGGAAAUAAAGCGAUUUCCUCGACUACAUGAAUCCAUUGUUGAUGUCAUCAUCAACUUGCUGCAAAGAAGACUGAUGCCAUGCAAUGAGAUGGUGGAGAACCUUGUGGCUAUAGAGCUUGCAUACAUCAACACUAAUCACCCUGACUUCACCGAUGGCGCCUCUCUCGUCUCCUCGCUUGUGGCCAAUCAGGAACUUGACCGCAAGCGACGCCUGAAGGCUGCACAACUCAGCAUGAACAAUGGUGCAUUAGAGGGAAUUAGAUCCCAGGCCGCCACACCAGAAGGCUCACCCGUCCACAUGCCCCCAAGAGAGGAAAACCCAGCAGAAAAACCCCCGGUACCGGCAACUGUUGCCAAUACUGGUGGAUUUAUGUCCUGGGUACCGGGCAUUCGAUCCUCCAAAGCGACAGACCAGACAGACGAUGUGGGACCAAAGCACAUGGAGAAUGAGCUUCCGAAUGCAUUCAGACAGCGAGGACUUACGGAAAGAGAACAAAUGGACUCUGACAUCAUCAGAAAAUUAAUCAAGUCGUACUUUGUCAUCGUUCGGAAAUCAAUUCAAGACAGUGUUCCCAAGGCUAUCAUGGCGUUUCUUGUGAACUACGUAAAAGAACGCAUUCAAAGUGAACUAGUGGAAAAGCUCUACAAGAGUGAGCGGUUCGAGGCCCUUCUGCAGGAGUCCGAGCACAUGCACAUCAAGAGGAAGGAAGCCGCGGAAAUGCUCAAGGCCUUACAGCGUGCUGGGCAGAUCAUCAGCGAAGUGCGUGACACUCACAUCUACUAAAGGAGCGCAAAUGUAACACAACGACAAUAAGAAUGUAACGUGUCACGGAAGGAUGCGAACUGUGAAAUAAUACUUUAUACUGGUGUAAAGACAGGGAAUGCUACUGCUUGUUUAAGAUGUACAAAAUAAUGUGAAAAGAUGGGGUUUGGUAAAUUUUUCUCGGUGCAAAAUAAACAUUGAGUAGCAGCUUGAAAAAGCGAUCUAAUUAUGAGCUUUGAUUACUGUUUCGGAUGCGCAAAUCAGAAAAAAAAUGCAGAGAAGUUCUAAUUCAACUUACUGCGAUUUUAAGUAAUCUCCUAAAUUCAGAGUGACAAAAUGUUUUUUUGGCUUCCGUCAGUCAAAAGCCUUGAACUGUUUUCAUUAGUGGCUUCCGUCAGUCAAAAGCCUUGAACUGUUUUCAUUGGUGGCCUCCGUCAGUCAAAAGCCUUGAACUGUUUUCUUUGUGGCUUCCGUCAGUCAAAGCCUUGAACUGUUUUCAUUGGUGGCUUCCGUCAGUCAAAAGCCUUGAACUGUUUUCAUUGGUAGCCUGAUUUAUCAGACGGCACGUGAUCGUUCGUUUCACUUCCUCUCCCUUUGGGAAAGGGAGAAAAAGUAAAACGAUCACUUACCGUCUGAUAAAUCAGGCUAUUUCAUUGGUGGCCUCAAGCAAAACCAUCUCACUGCAAUGCGUUGACCAAUCAGAAAGUACAAAACAGGACCCGUUUAGAUACGGAAAUAAAAAGCUGUUUUCGCAUUUUUUGGGAAUCCUUGGCGAUAGUUCUAAGAAUACUCAAAUAUCGCAGUAAUUCCUUCCAAUGAUUGUGAUCAAUGUAGCCUAUUCCAUACGUUGACAACAGAAAGUACUACAAAUGUAGAUAUGGCAAUAUUUCUACUCUUAUUUUGAACGGUGACCAAUAAGUGAUUUUCGAACUAUUUAAAUAUGUACACCUCGGUAUUUGAGGUGAAACGAAUAUCGUUUGAAUGGUAAUGGUAAUACGAAUAAUUAUUAUGUGACUUUUUGAGUGUUAAAUUCAAGCCACCGAAAUCCAUAACAAAAUGAAAUGACUGCGUCCGUCAAGCCAGAGGACGACGAAAACAAUAAAUUCGCGCCCGAGUUUGCCACCCAAAAAGGCACGUGUUCUGUUAGUACAAGUCACCUAAGUAGCCUAUUGUACGGUUUCUCCAAAGAUUAAAGUACGUCACUUAUUCGCUA